AUGUCUGAUUUGUGUUUCUGGUGUUUGAAAAAGCAUGUUGAGGAUCACCAUCUCUAUUCACUAAACUACUUACAUUGGGGCGACCCAAAAAUAUGGUAUGGAGUACCUGGAAGCCAGGCUUCUGCGUUGGAGGAUUCAAUGAGAAAGCAUCUGCCAGAUUUGUUCGAAGAACAACCAGGUUUACUUCAUGAGCUGGUCACUCAGCUGUCUCCUUCAGUUCUAAAGUCUGAGGGUGUACCAGUGUUUCGAGCUGUCCAGCAUUCUGGGGAGUUUAUUCUCACCUUUCCAAGGGCGUACCAUUCUGGGUUUAAUUGUGGCUUCAACUGUGCGGAGGCUGUGAAUGUGGCCCCGGUUGAUUGGUUAGAACAUGGACAAAGUGCAGUGGAGCUUUAUAGUGUUCAACGUCGCAAGACAUCACUAUCUCAUGACAAAUUACUAGUACGGUCAGCAAGAGAAGCCAUUCGUGCCUUGUGGGAGUUGUCUAUCCUCAAAAAGGAGAAUCCAGGAAAUUUGAGCUGGAAAAGUGUCUGUGGGAGGGAUGGGGUGCUUACCAAGGCAGUUAAGGAUAGAGUUCAGAUAGAAGAGAAACGAAUAGAGCAUCUUCCUUCUCAUUUUCACUUUAGAAAGAUGGACAGUGACUUUGAUUUGAACAAUGAGAGAGAGUGUUUCUCUUGUUUUUAUGACUUACACAUGUCUGCUGCCUGCUGUGAGUGCUACUCAGACCGGUUUGCAUGUCUUCAACAUGCGAAUCUGAUAUGUUCCUGUGAACCAGAUCAUAAAUUCGUUCUCCUCCGCUACACCAUUGACGAAUUAAAAAAACUAGUUGAAGCAUUGGAAGGGCAAUUGGAUGCUGUAAAGGCAUGGGUAUCAGAAGAUCUACAAUCAAUUUCUAUAAAUGGUGAAGAUAGGACUGAUACUAAGCUGGAUCAGGGGAGAGAGAUAUCUGAAGUCUACUGUCUGAAGCAAAAAGAACGACCACCUUGUUCUCCAAUAGCAGAAACAACGUUAGAUGAUAGUCAGCAUUUUAGUACUUCACAUUGUCAUUUUUCUUCUAGAGUAGUCCAGGCCGACACUGACCGAGAAACUUCUAGUCUAUCUUCAUCUCCGAGGAAAACAGAUGUGCUUAGAGAAGAAAUUCCAGCCCUAACUUGUGAAGGUAAAUUAGGGCACAAGUGCUGUAUUGGCUUGAAGCUUGAUGGCAUUUCUAUAGAUCAUGGAAGUGGGUUGCAGCUAAAAUCUGAUUGCUUGGAUAACAACAUUGUUUUGAAUGUGGCUAAGACUUGUAUGUCGAGGGGUACACAAGAGAAAAAUUGUAGUUCAGAUGCACAAAAGGAUCCAAAAAUACUACGACUUGGUAGUGAUUCUGGUUCCUCAGUUUCUCAUGUUCUUUCAGGCAAAGAUCACCCUUUGUGUUCAAGUGAUGUCAGGUAUGGUGUAUCUGAUCGCAAUAGGGUUUUUGGGGUUGAUCUUCUGGCAUCAGGUCCAUCUUCAGCUGUUCCCUUGAACAUUUCAUUGAAAACUGAAAGUCUAGACCACUCGAAUGUAAAGGAACAUCUGACCAGCCACAGUUGUUCUCUACAAAAGUCAAGCUUUCACGUCGAUCUUCUGAAUUGUGGAUCUGCUGUUAUUGGGAAAUUGUGGUGCAAUAAGCAGGCCAUAUUCCCAAAAGGAUUUAGAAGCCGUGUAAAGUUCUUUGAUGUGCUGAAUCCAAUCAAAAUGAGUAACUAUGUAUCAGAGAUCCUGGAUGGUGGCUUCCUUGGGCCUUUGUUUAAGGUUACUUCAGAGGAGUGUCCAAGUGAGAGCUUUGCAGAUACCUCAGCCGAGAAGUGUUGGGAAAAGGUGCUGCAAAGAGUAAAUCAAGAAGUCACAAGACACACCAGCUUAGGGAAUCAAAGAUUGCCCCCUUUGCAGCCUCCACACUGCAUCAAUGGGCUUGAAAUGUUUGGGUUUCUAUUCCCACCUAUUAUUCAGACUGUUGAAGCUCUUGAUCCAAAUCAUCAAUGCAUAGAGUACUGGAACCACAAGCUUACAGAGAAGGUGGAGGUUACGUCUAACAUUGCCAAACUGUCCGUGGCUUCAGGCAGUUUUAGAGAUCCGGACAAGUACCAUUCUGGAUCAAGUUCCUCUGGAGGUGAAAUGAGAAAAAUUUUUGGAGACAAUUUGACUAUGCUGGAGCAGGAUAAUUCUGGAGUAGAUAGAGAUAAUCAUUUAUUUGCCGAAGAGAUACAGCCUGUACUGAGAGGGUUGUUGAAGAAAGCGGAUCCUGAUGAAUUGGAAAUAGUACAUAGAAUAUUGUGCAGCAAGUCAAGUAGCCCGGAAUGGAAAUUGGCACUUGCAACACUGGAGGAGAUUCAGAGAACAUGUAGAUAGGGAAAACAAUAAAGUUCGUUCAUUCUUUCAUGUCCGAGGUACUAUCUUCUUCACUUAUUUAUUAGGCCUAUUCUUUCCAAAUCCGUUAUAAAGGGGGAGCAAUCCCGAGCUUGAGUUGUGCGGCAAUAUCUGCAAUGCGCUUACUCACGAUACAGAUACUGGUCUCAGUUUUCCUUUGCGACUAACCAAUUACAGUGUAGGUUUUUUGUAGUUAGAAAAUUCUCUCUUUUUUGGUAAUACAUGCUAAUUUAGAAUUAAGUUCUUUGGUUUUAUUUACAAAUGAAUUUUUCAGUACUAUAAGCACAUUUCAAUAGUCUCUCUUGUUACUCCCAUAUCUGAUGCAUUGCACAAAGACCGUCUCAAAUUGUAUAAUGACCAGAAAAACCAUGUUAAGUGAAUACAAAGGUGCUUCAGGUGGGUGUGCCUUCACUGGGUCAUGGUGAUUUCAUAACGUCAUUACUGUAUACCAAGUUCCAUGAAACAUAUUGUUUAAAGAGUUGCUUUUGAAGAUGUAAUAUGUGAA